AUGACUAUCAGUAAAAAUAAUAAGAUGAUGGCUCACCUGAACUUCAGGAUGAAGAUCAUGUUGCAAGAUGGACGUACUUUCAUCGGAUAUUUCAAAGCUUUCGAUAAGCAUAUGAACAUUUUGUUAGCAGAUUGCGAGGAAUUCCGUCAAAUUAAGCCUAAGCCAGGAAAGAAGACACCAGAAGGUGAAGAGAAGCGAGUUCUUGGACUUGUUCUUCUCCGUGGUGAACAUAUUGUUUCUAUGACUGUUGACGGACCACCAUCUAGAGAUGAUGAUUCUUCUAGACUCCCUAAAGCUGGAGGUAUUGCCGGACCAGGACAAGCUAAGCCUGCUGGAAGAGGUAUGCCAGUUAUGCCAACUGGUAUGCCUGCUGCUGCUCCACCUCGUGGACUUUCCGGAGCUGUUGCUGGUGUUGGAGGACCAGGUAUGGCUGGUAUGGUUCCUACUGGAUUCCCUGCAGCUCCUGGAAUGCCACCACGUCCUUUCUAA